ACAAAGAAAUCAGCGGGAAACGCACGGGGAAAACCGAAAACGGACUUUAGGUUUUGGUUGUUUAUUUAGUCCAUAGUAAUGUCCGUGAUUUAAUCAUUGUAUUUUCGAAAUCUUUUAUUGUUAAAUAAAAUAAAAUCUUUUAAUUGUUUUUUAUAACUGUAUUUCAAUAACUUCCUUAAGCCAUAGUCUUUUUAAUAGCACAACAAAUUUUUGAUUUGAUUUUUAGACAUAUUUUUAUUUACAUUACAUUAAAAAUGAUAAAUUCAGGACAAAGAAUCUCUCUUCAGAUUGUUGGUUUAAUCACAUCUGUGGCAUAUCAAAAAGCAAUAUACUAUCUCCAGAUCUGCAGUCGAUUGCCUCACGUUUAUUCCCAACCAGUAGCUCGUGGCUUGCCGGAGUUUGAGUGGAAUGAAUAUCUUGUAAAGCAGAGAAGGAAAUUUGGUGGUCGGCUGUGGGCCCUGAGGCGGCCUGUAGCCGUGUAUUGCGACAAGAAGUUCAUCGGCGGCGACAGAGAGCUUUUGAAACACAUUGACUCCAAAUUUCUGUAUAGUGCCAUAGUUCCAGAUUCUUAUUUCCAGGAUGAAUGUGUGCUGGAUUUCGAGAGAUAUGUCCUCAGCACGAAAAGAAUAUUUGUUUAUUUCAUCGUGAGGAUUAAACACGGGAUGAAAGGAGCUCUCAUAUUCAAGCUGUACUCUGAUUUGCUGCCAGACACCUGCGAGAUAUUCAAGAACUUCUGUGCCAGCAAGGCUUACAAGUCCACUCGUUUCCACCGUGUGUGCAAACGCGGCUGGAUUCAAGGAGGUGCUGCCGAAGAUGGGCGUGAGGUGUGUGAGCAGUGUAAAAGUUUUCCUGACGAAAGUUUUUGCAUCAACCACAAUCGACGCGGGGUGCUUUCGAUGGUGAACGAUGGCAGGCAUACCAACUGCAAGCAGUUCUUUGUAACGCUCAACCCGUCGUGCUGGAUGGACUACCGUUACGUAGCAUUCGGGCAGCUGGUUGCGGGAGCGGACUUGCUGGCCGCCAUAGAGAGCGUGGACACGUACUACGAGAAGCCGCUGAGCGCCGUCAGGAUCGCUGACUGCGGGGUGCUGCACCCCCGCCACGUGCUGACGCCGCGCCAGACGGCCGAGGCGAUCAUCGACCUGACGCUGCAGGCGGUGGUCUCCAGGACGGACUCGGUGACCUUCGAGAGAGGGCUGGAGGGCAACGUGACCGAUCCCCGCGACGUUGACAGCAGACUCUCUGCCACUUUGUACAACCAAGGGAUGUACUCAAUAUAGACUGAGUUUGUGGGGAAGAAAA